AUGAAGGAUUCCUUACCGACGAUCAAUACAAAUUUCGAAUAUCAAAGUAUGGAUAACGAGAAAACGGAAAGAAUGUUAACAGGACCACCGCCGCGAAGGGCUAGACCUCUUGUUUUUGGAGCUCUAACGGUUGCUCUAUUUUAUUUCCUUUGGACCGCGAAUUUCCAUCAGUUGUUUAUGGGAUGUGGUAUGAAGCUGCAAUCUACGGAGAUGAAACCUGUGACGGAUGUUGUAUCUAUAUCGGAUCAUAAACUCGUACCGUUGGAAGCGCACAUAAUGAGUGAUUGUUUGAAGAUGAUGGUAUUACCAGCUAUGCAGAGGGUAUAUGAUAAAGUUAACUUCACACUCUCUUUCAUUGGCGCGCCUACGGACAAUGAUGGAGUAGCCUGUAAACAUGGCCCGCAAGAAUGCAUGGGCAAUAUUCUCGAAUUAUGUGCUGCGAGCCUAUAUCCCGAUCCAAAAAUCUAUCUUGGAUUUACCAUGUGUUUAACCAGAGAUUACAAGGAUAUUCCGGAGAGAAGUUUAGUGGAAGAUUGCGCAUUAGAGCACGGAAUGGAUUUCAGUAAGCUCAAUGAGUGUACAGCGGAGGAUGAUGGAGGGUAUGGUAUGGGAAUGUUGAGGGAUAGUGUCAGAAGGAGCAUUGAGGCCGGUGUCACAAAAUCUUGCACGGUCAGACUCAACGAAGAAAUCUUUUGUGUACGUGAUGGAAGGAAAUGGACGGAUUGCCCUGGAGGGUCGGAAGUAAACGAUCUUAUUCUUGCCGUGGAGAAACUGUACAACCAGUCUUAA